AUGGGGUCAAGCUGGGAAAUCGGCCAAGGGUCAUCUAUUGAUGAUAAAGCGACUCUAGUGCUUGGUGUAAGGAUAUGGCUGCGGACCUGCCUUACAAAACUCUUCGGAUGGGAUGAUGCUUUCAUGAUUCUGGCAUUGGUUUUCGGAUGCGUGCAUUCGGCCCUUGUCAACGCCUCCGUCAAUUAUGGCCUGGGAACCCAUCAGGCCAAUCUUAUGAAAAGCGAAGUGAUAGAAUUGACCAAGUACUUUUGGCUUUCGGGGCCUUUCCAUGAUUUGGCCGUAAACUGGGGGAAGGUUUCUGCCAUGUUGCUGCUCAUACGUAUUGUGGAAAAGGCAAAGCGACAAGCGCUUUAUUUCUACAUUGGGAUAGUUCUUCUCACCCUUGUGAACACGGUGGAUGUGUUUAUUAUAUUGGGGCAAUGCAGGCCAAUAGAGGCGGCUUGGAAUGCCCAAGUUCGAGGGAGAUGCUGGGCAAAGAGCAUCGUGAAGAUUUCUGCUUAUUUUCAAAGUGCCUGUUGUUGUUUAUCCGAUCUUAUUCUCGCGGGAUAUCCUAUAAUCGUGAUAUCAAACCUGCGAAUGCCCCUUCGUACGAAAAUAACCCUUUCAAUAAUCCUUUCGCUGAGCUUAAUCGCCUUUGUUGCACCCGUUAUGAAGGCCUAUUACAUCUACCGCAUCGGUAACAGCUCAGAUUACUCUUGGAAAAUGGCCGACUUGGCCAUCUGGGGGGCCCUCAAACACUACCUCGUCAUCGUUACGGCCUCUAUACCUACUCUCGGUCCUCUAGGGAAACACAUUGCACGAUUAACAUCCUCACGGGGGCUCAGAUGGUUUUCAUACGCAGAAGAAACCCGCUCCUCCUCAUACCUACCGAAGACAACAUCGCUCACGACGGUUACCGUAAACUCUACCCCUAGCAAAAAGGUUUUCAGCCAGGGAUACAGCAUAUCUGCCGCGAGACGAGGCGAAAGUUAUCCAAUGUCUAUAUACAGCAGCAUAUCAAGACAUGGCGGAGGGCGCAAGAAACAAAAACGGAAUCAGCAGAGUGAGGUGGCGAGCAGCCAGGAGGCGAUAGUCGAAGUACCGGAACAGCACAUAGACGAGAUCACGAAAGUGACAGAGGUAUGCAUACGAACGGAGUCAAAGGAAAAUAUUGCAGAGUAUUGGGAACAAAGAAUCAAGCCAUGGGAAGUAAAGAGUCCCGUAUAA